AAAAGGCCUGGCCAAGGCGGAGCAGUUUUUUCUUUGUGAACGUAGUUUUUCCUAGAAUUCAGCCACUUAACUAAAUCGAAGUCUCGACGACCUGUCCAGCAUUAGCUAAAUUACGGAGUCAAACAUCAGUCUUCAAGUCUGGGCACUCGUUGAAGUUUUGUCGCCUACUUUGGCUUAGCCUAGCAUAGCUGGCCAACCGCUAACAAAGCUGCAAGGCACGACGUCGAGCGUUCAGAAAUAGAAAAAUGUUCGCGAGAAAAACACCGGCUGCAUAUAAGUUCCAAGAGGAACUUUGUAGAGUAAAAGAGGAGCCCCCACGUCACCAAGAUUCGACUGUGUGCAAAAUAAUGCACGCAAAGGUUGUUCUUCACAGACUUGAAGGCUCAGAUGGUCCCUCCUUGGUCUGCAGCUCUUCAAUGUUUGCAUCCUGCUGGACCCCCAUCUCUGGUGCUUGCAGUGUCUCUUUCCGUAGCUGCUCACGCCUACAAUCUAUAUCUCAGCCAAGCUCAUUGCCCUGAGCACCAGAAAUCUGCAUGCAUCAAAGACGAGGAGGAAGAGUCGCCAUACGUUAAGGAGGAGCAAGAGUUGGUUCACAUUCAAGGUUUCAGUGCUGAUUGGCAGAAGCCAGAAUCUCCUGGCGUUAAAGAGAAUGUUGAGCUCCCCCAAAUAAAAAAGGAGGAGGGGCCAGAGCCCUGUCAACAAAUGGAGAGAGAAGAGAAACCUCCAAUCAAAAAAGAGGAGGAGGAGCUGCCUUACGGUAAAGAGGAGGAAGGUAUCACCUGGUCGGCUGGUGAGCCCUUGAAGAGUGAAGAUGGUCGGAGUGAGGCCACCAGAGGGGCGGAGCCUCCGAGCUGCGGCCGUAGCUCAACAGGAGGAUUGCAAGCAGACAUUUUCAUCGCUCCGUCAGACAGAAAUGGUGCCACAUCACAAUUGCUUUACAGUGAUGAUGGUCAUAAGAAAUCUGACGGUGACGGCAAACUUUGCAAAUGCUCUCAGUGUGGGAAAACCUUUUCGAAUAAGAAAACUUGUUGUAUGCAAAUGAGGAGCCACACUGGUGAAAAACCUUUUUCCUGCUCAGUUUGUGGUCAAAAAUUCAGUCACAAGAACACCUUAAAAAAACAUACAAGAACCCACAUUGGCGAAAAACCUUUUUCCUGCUCAGUUUGUGGUCAAAGAUUCAGUCACAAGAGCACCUUAAAACAACACACAAGAACCCACACUAGCGAAAAACCUUUUUCCUGCUCUGUUUGUGGUCAAAGAUUCAGUCAAGUGAGCAACUUACAAAAACACGCAAGAACCCACACUGGUGAAAAACCUUUUCCCUGCUUAGUGUGUGAUCAAAGAUUCAGUCAAAAGCAUCACUUAAAAGAACACUCAAGAACCCACACUCGCGAAAAACCUUUUUCCUGCUCUGAAUGUGGUCAAAGAUUCAGUCAAAAGAGCAAUUCAAUAAGACACGCAAGAACCCACACUGACGAAAAACCUUUUUCCUGCUCUGUUUGUGGUCACAGAUUCAGUCACAAGUGCGCCUUAAAACUACAUGGAAGAACCCACACUGGUGAAAAACCUUUUUCUUGCUUAGUUUGUGAUCAGAGGUUCGCUCGGAGCCAACACUUAGAAAAACACACAAGAACCCACACUGGCGAAAAACCUUUUUCCUGCUUGGUUUGUGAUCAAAGAUUUGCUGAUAAGCAACACUUAAAACAACACACAACAACCCACACUGGCGAAAAACCUUUUUCCUGCGCAGUUUGUGGUCAAAGAUUCGCACGGAAGGAAGGGGUGAAGAGACACGCGUGUGUUGGUGUGAGAAGCAGUGACCAGUGACUGUUUUGCCUGUCAUCCAUGCUGGCUUCAUCAGAUUUUGCACGAAGGAUGAUUGUAUUCUGUAGAGCUUUCUUAAAUCCUGUUGAGGUUUGGCACUUUUGGUGCCUUGCUUUGUCCAAUCGUUAUAUGAUGUGAAUCCACCCUAUUGCCAAAACCUCAACUAUUUGAACUCUCAAGCCAAGUGGCAAUAUUUAUAUAAUACUCUCCUUCUUUGAAAUUAAACUUUUCACAUUUAAUACUUGAAACAGAAGACCCCAUAUCCAAAAAAGUCAAAAUCACAGUAAUGUAAUUAAAUAAAUAUGGAAAAUUAGAAUAUACAGUGGUACCUCUAGAUACGAAGUGAAUUCGUUCCAGGACCUUGUUUGUAAGUCGAAAUGGCCGUAUGUCGAGCAGGAUUUUCCCAUAAGAAUACAUUAUAAUUCCAUAAAUUCGUUCCACAGCCCGAAAACCUACACUAAAUCCCUUAUAAAUACUGCUUGUACUUUUCCAAACAGCAAUUACGCAGAGCAAAACAAAUAAAUUAUGAAUACAAAUUGGAAUAAAAGCAAUAAUAGUGAUACCUGUAACAAAUUGGGUUCUAAUGUGGCGAAUGUGUUUGUGUGGUGUACCUGAACGAAUUGCGCUGCUGACUUGACAGAGCCUUUUACUUUCACUUUGUUGCUGCGGGGACACUAGGAGUAAUGUAUUGCAUGAAAUAAAUGAUUAGAAACCUGACGAAGCUGGCGAUUUUUUUGGCAAUGUUACCACAAUAAUUAUUGUCACCUUAACUCAGAAAGACUGGCUAACAUAGGGGGACCGCCGACAUCAUAGACCGUCUACGGCUGUGUUAUUGAGCCAUAUCACGGAUGCGCACCCCAUGCAGAUAUUUUUCUAUCAUAUCCGUCCUCAUUUCGAGCCUCACCUUUUUCCACUUCCUGCACUAACAUUGUUGGAACCCAUGUUGAUUUCUCUCACAAGAAAAUCUGCUGUGCGUCAGUCUUGCUGGAAAACAAACUGCGGUGCGGUCAUAGAUCGUCGUAUUUAGAGCAUGUCGUCGGAUGUAGAAACAUGCGAGUCAAAUUUUACGUCGGGUGUCAAAAAGAUUGUGUGUCGAAGCAAUCGUAUGUCGAGUGACCACUAUAUUGUUCAUUAUUGCGAAAAUAAUAAUUAAAUUUUUUUUUUUUUUUUUAAAUACAGAGUAUGAGGGGGAAAAUGGUGUUGGAAGAAAAAAAUGUUUUGGUAUAUUUUAAAAACAAAUACUGAAAUGAAACUGAAGCAUUUGUGUAUUUAAAUUUAACGAUUAAAUAUGUGAUGAAAAUGUUUUUGUGAAUGUCACAAGCAUGGUCACCACCUGACACCUUGCUUGCUACAAGGGUCACAUUGAAUAAGGCGCUAUUGGAACGGAAAAGUUCACUGUUGACAGAGGAGGCGUUACCAUGGCGCAAAACCGAUUUUUUCUCUUUGCCAAAACGGUGAAAUUUUCUAAAAUUCAAUUCAAGGUCGAAAAUGAAGAUGAUUAUGAAGUUAGCUGUAGAUUUAGACUGUGAAGUCCACAAAGGAACCUUCGGUUUCUUCAAAUAUGUUUUGUAGCCAUAACAUUAUUUGUUGCUGUUGAGCUUCUGCCGUACAGAGCGCUGUUGGCAGUGUUGUCACGGAUUACUUAAAAAAGUAAUUUGAUUACUGAUUACACCUAAAAAAAAGUGAUCUAUUUACUUUAAGAUUACUUUAUUAUCAAAGUAACGAAGUUACUUUUUAC